UUUUAUAACCGCGCGCAAAGCGAAGUAAUCCCUGUGGUUAUUGAUUACGCUGGUCUCACAACGGAUCCAGAUGACCUGUUGCUGUUUGUGAGUCAUAAAAACAUCGCGGAGAUAUACGUGGACAGGCUGCUGACGGUCUACAAAGUGGAGCGCCACAGCCGUCAGCAACUUUUGGAGGAU